UUUGAAUAAAAUGAAAAAAGAGUGUAAGCAUAAUAUUUCAUGCGAGGAGCGAGCGAGACAACAUGGAAUUGUGGAAACAAGGUGCUGAAGCAAAGAUUCAUAAAACGGACUUUUAUGGAAAGCCAUGCAUCGUCAAAGAACGAUUUCGCAAAUCAUACAGACACCCAAUUCUUGACAAAUCACUGACAGCUCAAAGGGUGAAGUCUGAAAUAAGGGCAAUGUUGAGAUGUAGGAUGAGUGGUAUCCUCACUCCAACUGUGUAUUUUGUGAACAUGGAUUCCUCCUGUAUCUACAUGGAAGAAAUGCUAGAUUCCGUAACUGUAAGGGACUACAUUCAGAGUGUUCAGAGCAGUAAGACAGCAGUAGAAGCCAUAGAAACUCUCACUCCCCUUGCAAAUACCAUCGGACACACGCUGGGUAUUAUGCACAAGCAGAACAUUGUACAUGGAGACCUGACAACUUCAAACAUGCUUCUUCAAGGAGAUCCCUCAAAUAAUAGACUUUGUCUUAUUGAUUUUGGUUUAAGUUUCUUUGAAAAUCUGUCGGAAGACAAAGGAGUUGACUUGUAUGUUUUAGAGCGUGCACUUAUAAGCACUCAUCCAAACACAGAGAAGUUAUUCAAUGUUAUACUGAAGGCUUACUGCAAGAGCAAUGAUACAGGGUCUAAAGAUGUCAUAGCAAAACUUGAGGAGGUGAGAAUGAGGGGCAGGAAGAGGACCAUGGUGGGAUGAUCAUAGACAAAAUAUUGACUGCAUUACAUGUGCUAUUCUCAAAUUUAGUGACUGAAAUAUUUAAACCAUCAAGACAUGUUGAAGUGUACCAUACCUUUUUUCAUUUGAUUACCAUGAAGAAAGAUAUUAUUAAGAAUUUUCUGUUUUAAUUUGUGAGGUCAGAGCUAAUAAUUUUACAAUUAAAAUGUAGAACAUGUACAACAUAAUACAUUGUGCUGGUUGUCAUUUUUGUGAUAUGACUAAUAUCAUAGUUACAGAUGUAUGUAAUGGAUAUAUGCUGAAAACAGUUCUGUAGAAAAAAUUAUCAGACAGACAAGGCCUGUUAGGGCGGAGAACUGUCUGAUAAUUUUUCAUACAGAAGUGUUUGAGGCAUAUAUGGUACCUAAAAUGCUGCCAUUGAAUUUCAUUGUUGAUUUACAUGAGACAGUCCAAUGUUUAAGUUAAGAAGCUCACUACAAUUGAACUGUCACAGGUAAAAUUUUAGACUGCUGGAACAAAGAAAUGGCAUCACAGCAGUGUUUUAACUCACGAUAUCUGAAUGCACUAUUUCUUUUAUUUAGGCCAUAUUUAAAGAAAUGUUUGUUUGGAAUUGCCGUCUGGAGGUUUCUAGACCCAGCAGGGAAGGAGGGAAUUUUUUUCAAACUUGACGUUUAACUUAUUGAAAAUUGGUGAAAAAUAAAAAUCACAAUAUAAAAAGAAAGUUCUCUAUUUUUUGCUAAUAAAUUUUUAAUAGCGGGGGUAUUUCAAUGAGGCUGGAGGCAUUUCCAAUCAAACAAUAAUGUUAUUUUGGUCUUGCCUGAAAUUUGAGUGAAUCAAGGAUCUGGUGUAAGGUGAAAUUCUAUUUCUGAUAUUGUGAGCAUUCAUAAACUAUUUCAAAAUCUCCUCAACUUGCUGACAUUUAGCAGGCGAACUGAGUGCAUAUUUUUGAUGAGCAUGAAAAACUCAACAAAAUUGGGAAAUAGAUGACCCUUGGUGUAGGUUUAUAGUUUUCAGGAAGGAUCGAGUUUUUAUAAUCACUCAGUAAAUACAAACAUGUACACUUAAUUCUAUUAAAACAAGUGCUUAAUUAUGAUGAGCAAAAAUAUUUCUUCUAGAAUAAAAUGUAAUUAUUAAUAAGUACAGGAAACACAUUUAUCCACUAUCGUUAAGCAAUUUUAUUUCCAUUUUGAGAGGAGUUAUUCCCCUUUAUCUUUCAUCCAUACAAGUAACAUUUUGUAUUAUAUUCAGUUGACUAUUUGAACAUCAUGUCUAUCUGAUGAAACUAGAAACUGUCAAAAAUAUCUCAAAGUAACAUCAACUUUGUUGAAGCAUGUACCAAAAUUUGUGUUAGAGAAUAGGGAAUUCUGGUGAGCACAUUUAAACACCUGCUAUGCGGAACUCACAUAAUGGUAGUAAAGGGUUGGCAAAACAACAGGAAAUACAUUAUUUACAUAUAUUGUCUGUAGAUUUCAAUUUUGCUGGUACUUUAAAGUUCCCAGGAGACUUUU